CAUUAUUCAGCGACCUUAUCCCCUACCCUUACUCAACGCUCAUGCGAAUGAUAGGUUAUGGGAUAUGGACAGCGGUUUCACGCCGCAAAUAUGCGGGGUUGGAACUAAACAAUAUACGAAGACGAAGACCUCGAGGAGAGGUAUAGAUAUCUGGAGUCGUACAGGUUUUCAGCACAUUGCAAACACACCUGCGUGCUUCGAUCAUCCAUCAUGGCCAAGCUCAUCACCGUCUUUGGAUCCACUGGCAAUCAGGGUGGCUCAGUAGUUCGAGCUAUCCUAAACCACUCUCAACUAUCAAAUGAAUGGAAAGUCCGCGGCAUCACCAGGAAUCCAAACAAACCCGAUGCGCAAGCUAUGGCUGCACAAGGCGUUGAGAUGGUCGCAGCGGAUCUCAACAGCAAGGAAUCCAUUCUCAGCGCCAUCAAAGGCUCUAAUGCCGUCUUCGGCGUUACCAAUUACUGGGAAAAGGCCUCUCUAGAGCACGAGGUUCAACAAGGCAAGAACCUAGCCGAUGCCGCUAAAGAAUCCGGUGUCGAGCACCUUAUCUGGUCCUCUCUACCCUACGUCUCCAAGAUCACGGCAGGGGAGUUGCAUAACUUACACCACUUCGACUCCAAAGCCAUGGUCGAGGAAUACGUCAAUCAGAUUGGCCAGCCUGCCUCCUUCGUGUUACCAGCCUACUUCAUGUCCAACGUUCCGGGAUCCAUCAAGCCUACUCCAAAUGGCGGUCAGUAUUCUCUUUCUUGGCUCUUCCACCCAGACACUCAAAUCCCUAUGCUCGAUGUUCCACGCGACUUUGGCAAGUUCGUGGCAUCCUGUCUCGCCAAUCCUUCCGCGACGCUAGGCAAGCACACCCUAGCUGCAUCGGGUUGGUUCACGCCGUUAGACAUCUGCAAUGUGGUAGAGAACUGCACCGGGAAGAAGUGUGUGUUCCACGAAGUUCCCGUUGAGCAGUACCAGGGAAGUAAAGAGCUGUUUGACAAUCUGAUGAUGAUCAGGGAGUAUGAGUACUAUGGACCUAGCGCCCAAGAUGGAGUGAAGAGCAGUCAUGAAGUCGUUACCAAGGUUGGGGGCUGGGAGGGGUUUGGGACAUUUGAGAAUUUCUUGCAAACGGUCGGCAUCUGAUACGGGUCGGCAAUUUUCAGUUCUCGCUUUUGUGGUUCUAUGGGAUAUGUAACGCCGCCCAUGGUCUUGUUGUUGAGCUUCGGCGGAACGCGUAACACAGACAUGACUCGAAGUUGUUGCUAAAUACGAUAAUAGAUACACUAGCCACG